AAACAUCCUCGCUCCGACCAGGAGCUUGCAGGAGCGGGGUCGCUGGCGUCAUGAAUGGGCGGCGCGCUGACGGAGAACGGAGGGUGUUUUCCAGCUUUAUAAGAACCGGAGACUGCCCCUUUGCGUCAUCGACCUGGGGAGACUCUUGGAGACCUUCAAUGGGCACACGGCAGAAUAACACCUCAGCCACACUAGUUUCUUGAGCAGCGCUCACCUCAUUCACUCGGCCAGCACUCAUACGGUGUGCAAUACUCACCACGUUAAUAAUCCAUUCAUUAACUUCACUCCGGUAUUUUAUCCGUGCACUAUUUUUUUUUAUUCUUCGUUGCUCAUGCAGACUCCCAGCUGGAGAAAGUUGCGCAAGGCUUGUUGCAUGCGGGAUACUCACCUAGAGCGUCUCUUCCAAGUUCAGCCUUGAAGCUCGAGCCAGCAACCAAGUGGGGACUCCACUCAAUCACCUUUCUCGCCACGAUGAAAUCUGCAGAAGAAGAUGCAUUCAGCUACACACCAAAUGUCACCCUUUCCCUUCCACUUGGGAUGGGCAAUCCAUGUCUGGCCACCCAAUACCACAGCUUACAGUCCAGCCCAGUUAUCUCUGUUACGUCUUGCCAUCAGACAGGCUACAACUACCAAAAUGACAACCAUGUAGCAGCAGGUUAUUACCUACCCUAUGGCAUGAGACCAAAUGGGGCUCCAGCCCUGGAAAGCCCUCGAAUUGAAAUCACUGCAUACAGCCAGUGCCCUGAGGAUCAAGUCGAAGAAAAAAAUUGUGAUGAGCACAUCAUCAAAAGAGGUGUCAACUCCAUUGUGACACUAACACUGCCCAAUGCAGAUGGCUACCGUGAUCCCAGCUGCCUCAGUCCUGCGAGCAGCAUUUCUUCACGCAGCUGUAACUCUGAAGCAUCCUCCUUCGAAUCCGGUUUUUACAACUAUGACAACUCCCUACAGAAUUCCCCCUGGCAGUCUCCCUGUGUCUCUCCCAGAGGGUCAUCUUCACUUUUGUCCUGCCCGCAUGCCAGCGGCCCUGCAGCCUCACCUCACAAUUCACCCUCCACAUCCCCUCAGAUUGGAGCAAUGGCUGAAGAAGGCUGGCCAGCUCAGCCGCGUGAUUCCAGGCCCAACUCUCCGUCCCUCAGUGGAGGUGGUGGAUGUAACAAUAUCAGCAUUACUGGAGUGGGGAAGAGAAAGUACACUUUCAACAACACCACUUACCAGCAAACAUCCUGUUCACCCCACCAAUCUGCUACCCCUUCUCCACAUGGCUCUCCAAGAAUCAGCGUCACAGAUGAAAACUGGCUUGCCAAUGCCAACCAGUACACCAACUCUGCAAUUGUGGCUGCUAUCAAUGCUCUGACCACCGAUGGCCUGGUAGAUAUGGGAGAAGGGAUCCCGGUCAAGACACGCAAGAUGGUUGACCAUUCACCUUCCAUGAGCCUCAAAGUGGAGCCUAGUGGAGAGGAGCUCACUCAUGAGGGAGAGAUUAGUCCCGAAGACUAUCCUUCUCGCAUGGUUUUAAAGAAGGAGAACUACUGCGGAGGGUUCCUGGAGGUGCCCCAACAUCCUUACUCUUGGUCUAAACCCAAGCAUUACCUCAGCCCUUCCCUGCCAGCGCUUGACUGGCAGCUUCCAUCCUGCUCCGGUCCAUACAGUUUACAGAUCGAGUUACAGCCAAAGUCCCACCACAGGGCCCACUAUGAGACUGAAGGCAGCCGUGGGGCAGUUAAGGCUCUUUCUGGAGGACACCCAGUUGUCCAGCUCUAUGGCUACAUAGAAAGCGAGCCGCUCACCCUCCAGCUGUUUAUCGGGACCGCAGACGAUCGCCUCCUGCGACCACAUGCCUUCUACCAGGUCCAUCGCAUCACUGGCAAAACUGUCUCCACUGCCAGUCACGAAGUACUGCAAUCUAACACAAAAAUUCUGGAGAUCCCUUUGCUUCCAGAAAACAACAUGAGGGCUAUAAUUGAUUGUGCUGGCAUCCUAAAGCUGCGCAACUCAGAUAUUGAACUUCGCAAAGGGGAAACGGACAUUGGACGGAAAAACACCCGUGUGAAGUUGGUGUUCAGAGUACAUAUCAACCAGCCCAAUGGCAGGACCGUGUCCUUACAAGCUUCCUCCAACCCCAUCGAGUGUUCCCAACGCUCAGCACAGGAGCUUCCAUUGGUGGAGAAGCAGAGUAUGGACAGCUACCCUGCAACUGGAGGCAAAAUGAUGGUCCUCAGUGGUCUCAAUUUCCUCCCUGACUCAAAGGUGGUGUUCGUGGAGAAGGCCCAGGAUGGUCAUCAUCUGUGGGAGACAGAAGCCAAAGUUGACAAGGACUCUGUCAAACCAAAUGCACUUUUUGUUGAGAUCCCACCUUACCGAAACCAGAGAAUAUCUAACCCGCUGCAGGUAAACUUCUACGUGUGCAAUGGCAAGAGGAAGAGGAGCCAGUACCAGAACUUUACCUAUCUUCCUCCCAGCGUGCCGAUAAUAAAGACAGAACCCAGUGAUGAAUAUGAUUCUUUGGGGACUUCAGUGCUGCCACUGCAUUCAAAACCCUACUUCAAUCAUCCCAGACUAAAUCCCAUCAUGCCUGUUGCUGAUCAUGAUGCUUGUCUGGCUGGUGGAUACCCUCCCUGCCCUUCUCUUAAUGCUGCCAUACCAUCAUCGUCCCCCAAUUCCAGCCCAACCCUGCAUGAUCUCUCCCCUGUGGCAUUCAGCAAGUGCCUCCCAAAUAGUCCCACUCAUGCAGCACCUUCAGGUCAGUUGAUGACAAGCUUCCAAGACAGCAGCAGGCCAACCCUCACCCAUCCAGCAUCUCCCGACCAUGGCUCUCCCCUAGGUAUGCUUCAAACACAGGGAAGUCCCAGUCACCUCAACAGCCCAGGAACCCAUGGAUUCCACACAGCCUAUGCCAAUAGCAGCCCUUCAUCUUCCCCAGCCUCCCAUGCUUCUACUCCCAGUGGGCCAGCAGAGAGUCCAUUUAUCCAGGUCUACAGCCCCAGCCAGGCUCAGGUAGCAGCCACCCCAGCCCAGGCUGGAGGGAACUCACCCAGCCUGUUUCAUGAGGAAUCAAGUCCACCUGCCAUCACCGUCAAACAGGAACCUCAAGAACUGGACCAGAUGUACCUAGAUGAUGUUAACGAGAUCAUCAGGAAUGACCUUUCCAGCAUUUCCGUUCACACUCAUGCAUAGACCAUUGAUUAAGGAUUGUGCAGCAGCAGCACACACACACACACACAAACUCACGCACAAUUAUCAACUAAAAACAAUCUAAAUGAGAGAAGAUGAAGAUGAAGAAGAGCCACCAUGACCAGGAUUUCCCAUCCGUCCAGUGUUGCUAUCAGUUCCUUCUUCCUUAAAGACUUGCUGCAGAUUCACAUUGACUGCCUGGAAAAGUUUGAAUAUCUAUUAUGAUUAUGUAAGUACAGUAUAUAUGUAAUGUUAUUUGUACAAAUGGGAAGUGACAUCAAGGGCAACACUUGCCUUAAUUGACAAUGACAAUCUUCAUUUGGAGUGUGAUAUUGAUGUUAUAUUCAUGCAUGGACAAAUUAAUGCAACAAAAGUAACUGUCAUGUGUCAUGACUUUUGUUUGUGUUGUCAGACCACGGAAAUACAUUGAAUUGGUGCCUUACUUGUAGUGAAGAUGACAGACAGCAGCAGACACAAAAAUGCAAAAACGGACGAAUAUAUCCCAAAGUGCAGCAUUUAUUUUUUUUCUAUGACACUUUUGUAUCAUUUUGAUGAUUUGUUUAUGGGGAAAACUGACAGUUUGGAAAUGACGUAGGGAGUAUGUGAACAAAUAGACUUUUUUCUUGUUCUUUAUUCUCAUUGUUCAUUUAUACUGAAUGUUAUGCAUUAUAUUCUUUUGUAUAAUCACAAAUUUGACAAUAUGCCUUACAAUUUGUUAGACUUUCAAAUUGUCUUCCCCAUUCCAGUAUAAUGUUCUUUUUUGUAAUUUUUAUUUCUGCUAUUUAUACUACGCUUCAUUACAGUUGUCACCCUAGUGCCUGUUUUGUCAUGCUCACUCCAUGACACAGUAAUGCACAGACAAUCAUUCAACAUCACACAACCCAGGACCAAGGUUUCUUCGUGGCAUGAACAUAUUUUGGAUAGGAUAGGAUAGGAUAGGAUAGGAUAGGAUAGGAUAGGAUAGGAUAGGAUAGGAUAGGAUAGGAUAGGAUAGGAUAGGAUAGGAUAGGAUAGGAUAGGAUAGGAUAGGAUAGGAUAGGAUAGGGUAGGGUGGGAUAGGGUAGGGUGGGAUAGGGUAGGAUAGGGUAGGAUAGGGUAGGAUAGGGUAGGAUAGGGUAGGAUAGGGUAGGAUAGGGUAGGAUAGGGUAGGAUAGGGUAGGAUAGGGUAGGAUAGGAUAGGAUAGGGUAGGAUAGGAUAGGAUAGGAUAGAAUAUAAUACUUUAUUGUCAUUGUAUGGUGCAGAUACAAUUUCACAUUUUGAGUUAAACAACGGUAUGCUUACCUGCUGAAUUUAAACUAAAAUACAGUACUCCUAAGCAAUUAACGCUUUACCUUCUUGCACUGUAGAUUUAAUGAGCAGAAGGAUAAUUUAAAUAUGCUACCGCCUCAGUUUUAUUCAUUUUGGUCAUUUACAUGAAGACCUGGCAGGACUCUUACUUCUAAAUGGCAAUAAUUGAUUUGACUAAACCAAGGGAUUUUAUCUUUGGUGAUAUUAUUGUCCAGGUUUUUUUUUUUUCCAGACUUCCAAUGAUUCCGCCCAAUACAAAAAUAUCAUGCACUUUACCAUAGAAAUAGAAGCAGGUGAUAGUGCUCCCUGACCAAAUGUUGUGCUCUUUCCUCCUCUCAUAUUAACCUUCCUUUUUUAUGUUAGCUGUCUUAUGACGCAUGCACAUUGGCCUAAUAUGUCUUAUUUAGCAGAUAAUGGAUUUUAAUGUAGCUCUUGCAUACAUUUGGGGACCUAUAGUAUAAAAGCAUGACGAAACUAUAUGAGCAAGGUUUCUAUUAUGUGCCUUAAUAUCCUUCUGGGAUUCAAGAUCAUAGACUAUUGCUUUUUGUGUAGGCAUAAGGUGAGCCAUACGUCUCAUUGAUAUGAUAUAUUUAUGAAAAAUGAAAUGUGUUUUAAGUGCAUUUAAGUGUGAAUUCAUAAAUGCAGUAGUAAGUGCAUUUAAGUGUGAAUUCAUAAAUGCUGUAGUAACCAUGCAUAACUUAAGACCCCAAUUUUUUUUUGAGCUGUCAAAAAAGUAACAUGUUCUGUGUUGGUGUUUACUCUAAAGAUGGGAUAAUUCAAUGUUUUGUUUCCCGUUUUUUAUUAUUGUGGUUAUAUUAAAAUAUUCUUGGUCGUUUCAUGUUUUGUUUAAAUAAAAUAUUGGAACCAUUUA